UCGACCAAUGAACGUGCUUUUAACAAACGUAAUUACGAUAUAUAAACAGACAGAAAAUAUGACAGAAGCAGAAUCAGAGCUAGAAGUUUACAGGGUGUUAAAGGCACCACCAGCAAUUUAUUACAUUCCUGAGUAUGUUACAAAAGAAGAAGAGGAAUCACUUAUGAAAAAUGUCUAUUCAGCACCCAAACCUAAAUGGACCCAGCUGUCUAACAGACGCCUCCAGAAUUGGGGCGGAUUGCCACAUCCAAAAGGAAUGAUAAUGGAGGAUUUGCCAUCGUGGCUUAAAAUUUACACAGACAAAAUAGCAGCUUCAGGUGCCAGACUUUUUGGAGAUAAAAGUUUAAAUCAUGUUUUGGUGAAUGAAUAUGAAGCUGGACAAGGCAUAAUGCCACAUGAGGACGGCUCAUUGUUUUUCCCGACAGUUUCCACCAUCAGCCUUGGGUCACAUACCCUCCUUGAUUUCUAUUAUCAUAUAAAACAGGAGGAGGAUCCGGAAAAGAACAACUGUACAUCACAGGAUGAGCGACAUUUUGUGUCUAUAUUGCUGGAACCCAGAAGUCUUGUGUUUGUAACAGAGGACAUGUACAAAUUACACCUCCAUGGAAUUAAGGAACGGACCUCCGAUGAAAUCACGGACAAAGUGGCUAACCUAGACCAGUGUAAAUCAGUCAGUGUAGGAGACAAUCUGGUACGGUCGACUCGGGUCUCACUCACCAUCAGACACGUACCGAGAAUUCUGAAAGCCAAAUUAUUUAUGGGAAAGAAAAGAUGACAUCUCUGUUUAUUAAAAUUAUGAUUUUACUGUU